AUGUGGCUAAGCACUUUGUUCCUUUUCGUAACUGGUAUUCUCUCAACUUCGGUUGCUGCUUUUCGCUAUGACUGGAGCAAUAUUACCUGUAAGGGGCUUCAUGGACCUCACUGUGGAACAUAUUUGCUGAAAGUUAAGAACCAAAAUGACACUUAUCUCGGCCAAAGCUAUUUUGUUGGUGCUGACGCUCUUGCUAAUGACGCUACUGAUGCAUGGGGCAGGUUACUGCAUGAAGAGUAUCGCUUUAUUCCUAGGCUAACCACCGUUCAAACCCUAAAUGACACUGGAAACUUCCGCCCCUUUGUGGGCACCACCGAUAUGAGCACUUGCAACUUUCAAUCCGUUGAAAAUGCAGUCGUUCCAUAUAUUAACACUGUGACCAAUGAGCUUUCUUAUGAUAGCUGGGCUUCUAUCAGCAUGAACGCGACAGCUGUCACCGGAGUUGCUCCCCAGCUGUUGAAAGCUUCAACUUACGGCAUCCAGGUUGCCAUUUGCAACCCUGGUUUUAUUACCGACUUAUUUCAGUCUCCAACCGUCAAUUUAUUUAACGUCGAAGAUACCCUACCAUCUUGGUGUGAGGCCAUCGAGGUUGAAGCAGUCUGCCCUGCUGAUGUCAAUUACGAUACACGCUAA